AUGACGUCGGAGGAGCAGGACGAGGUGCUGGAAGAGAAACAGAAGUUUGAGAAGACAGUGAAGGUGGAGCCUGAGCCAAAAGAAGAGAUUGGGGUGGAGUCUAAUGGGUCGUCAGCUGUGGCAGCAACAGCAGAGCCAGCAGGACCUUGUGCUGGAUGCGUUCAAUUGCAUCAGGAAAUCCGACAGGACGUCAAAAAAAUCAUGAACAAGAUCGAAACUGUUUGUGAACGUCUCGAGGUGAUGCUGGCUGAAAAGGAACGAAUGAAUCAGGAACAAAUGUCAGAAAGUGGAAGUGAAGAAAAGUACGCUGGAUCCCCAUCAGGAAGUCGAGAGUCGCCAGCUUUUCAGACCAACGGGAAAAUGUUAUCUGCUGUUAUGGGAAAUGGCGGAAGUAGAAAACGCAAACCGACGAAAGAAUCUGUCAAUCGACUUUUCGAGAAUAGUUUGAUUCACGAGAAUGGAAAUGGUUCUACAAUCGAGAAGGUUCCGAGACAGGUUUCCACUCCAGUGUCUGCAAGUUCUCCAUUCGCAGACUUCAAUCAUUUCAAUGGAGGACUCAUGUUUGACCCUAUGCCGAAUCCUCAAAACAUGAUGCAGUUUCUGAACCUUGUGCAGCAACAGCAACAUCAUCAGCAAGCUCAGCAAGCCGCUCAAAUUAUACAAAAGGAAGCUCAAAAAGUGAAAGAAGAUGUGAAACAAAAACCAUUAGAGAUUUCAAACUCACCACCGAACCCAAGCCCAAAUGAGCAAGAUCUGUUGAGUCAGUUGGCUUCUCAGUUCAACGGGAAAUCUCCUUCACCAUCAGUAGUCCAUGCAGCGGGAAGUCCCGAAGAUGACUCUUCGAAUUCAGGAGGCUCCAGAUGCUCAAACUGCUCAACAACAAAGACGACUGCCUGGAGACGUGAUCUGGCUGGAAAACUAGUCUGUAAUGCUUGUGGAUUGUAUUAUCGACUUCAUAGAACCCAUCGUCCAGUUCACAUGAGAAAAGACUUUAUCCAGCAACGUUUCCGCAGAAAGAUAAAAGAGGAUGAAAAUCCUGCCAUUUCACAAGAAGCAGUAUUCAGUCAGCUACUUGGUAUGCCACCAGGUGGUGCAGCAUACAGUUUGAUGGAACACCUGAAUCAGCUAAGCCAGGUACAAGAGGAAUCAGCUAAGCCAAGCACAGGAAGAACUACUGAAUCAUCUAAGCCAGACACAGGAACAACUACCCCAAAAUGA